ACACAUUGAACUAUGACUCACGGAAGAGCGAUGUCUAAUUAUAUCUGCUGAUUUUCCUUAUGGACAAGUUUUUCAAGUGUUUAAUUAGAAUUGUACCAUGUUGUACUUGGUAUCACAUGCGGUUCCAUAUAUGGAUCUCGUGAUCUUUUUGGCUCCUCGUUGGAAAACUCUAUCAUCGCCUGCUACAUGUACCUGUCAAACUCAGAAAAGAUGAAAUUUUGAAGUUACAGGUUAAGGUGUGACCGUGAUGGGUUCCCAUGGAAACAAAGGAGCCGACCUUAUUUUUGACCAGUUCCUGAAGGCUGGCACAUGUAAGUCUGUGCUGGGCUCAUUCCACCAACUAUGUGAGAGUCUGGAGCUCAAACACACCAACCACAGACUGUUUUAUCGUCGCCUUAGUAACCAGCUGACGUCAUGGAAAGCUCAAACUGUUUGGGUGAAGCUCAACAAGAGGAUGGCCCAGAAAGAAUACCGAAAAGGGGAAGCAUGUGCCAACACCAGGGUCCUGGUUAUUGGGGCCGGGCCUUGUGGUCUGAGGACAGCAAUAGAGGCGGCCUUCCUAGGCUGUAAGGUGGUGCUGGUGGAGAAACGAGACAGCUUCUCCCGUAACAAUGUCCUUCAUCUCUGGCCGUUUCUCAUCACUGACCUUAAAAACCUUGGGGCCAAAAAGUUCUUCGGCAAAUUCUGUGCUGGUGCUAUUGAUCAUAUAAGUAUUCGACAACUGCAAUGCAUUUUAAUGAAGGUGGCGCUGCUGGUAGGGGUGGAAAUUCAUGUCAAUGUUUCCUUUGACGGACUGAUCGAGCCGACAGAGGAGCAGUCCAAUGUGGGUUGGCGAUUUGCAUGUACUCCGAAUGAUCACGUGGUGUCGGAAUACGAAUUUGACGUUUUAAUUGGUGCUGACGGAAAGCGCAACACACUGCAGGGCUUCAGACGAAAAGAGUUUCGGGGAAAGUUGGCCAUCGCAAUAACCGCCAAUUUCAUUAACCGUAACACGACAGAGGAAGCGAAAGUGGAGGAAAUUAGCGGCGUUGCUUUCAUAUUCAACCAGAAGUUCUUCAAGGACCUCAACGAGAAAACCGGGAUCGAUCUGGAGAACAUUGUAUAUUACAAGGACGACACGCACUACUUCGUAAUGACUGCGAAAAAGACGAGUUUACUGGAUAAGGGUGUGUUACGUGACGACCGUGCGGAUACAGCCAUGCUGUUGUCGCCGGAUAAUAUAGACAGGGACGCUCUGCUGGAAUACGCAAAAGAAGCCGCAGAUUUCUCAACAAACUUUGCCAUGCCGAAUUUAGAGUAUGCAAUAAAUCAUUACGGACAGCCGGACGUAGCCAUGUUUGAUUUUACGUCAAUGUUUGCGUCUGUGACGGCAUCGAGAGUAAUUGACAGACACGGACACAGGUUAUUGAUGGGUCUGGUGGGAGAUAGUUUACUAGAACCAUUUUGGCCGACAGGAUCAGGAUGUGCCAGGGGAUUUUUGGGUGGAUUCGAUGCGGCCUGGAUGAUCCGGAGCUGGGCCUCGGGCAAAAUGACGCCACUCCAAGUCAUCGCAGAACGGGAGAGUAUUUACCAGCUCUUAUCUCAAACCACACCUGAAAACCUCAACAAGAACUACAAUGAAUACACCAUAGAUCCCAACACAAGGUACCCUAACCUCAACACCAAACUUCUUCGCGUAGAACAGGUGAGACACUUGUAUGACUGUGGGGACCAAUCAUACGAAGAUGGAAUCUUUGACCAUCCGGCCAAACGACUUAGAAGUGAGGAGUGUAUUGACAGCUACACAUUGUUACACUGGUGUCAGCGAGUCCUGAACAACAAAUUCCGUAACGUACACAUCAUCGAUCUGACAACAUCCUGGAGAAGUGGACUCGCUCUGUGUGCCUUAAUUCACACCUUCAAACCGAGUCUUAUUGACUUCAACUCCCUAUCAUCGCUAGACGUGAUAAAAAAUAACCAGCUAGCAUUUGAUGUGGCCAAUACAGAGCUUGGGAUCAGCCCAGUGAUGACCGGUCAGGAAAUGGGCACAUGUUCGUCUCCGGACAAACUUACGAUGGUCAGCUACCUGUCCGAGUUCUACCACAAGUUCCACAAGGAAAGAUAUCCGAGUGUGGAUGCUCCGGUUCGCAGAGAAAGCCAUAAAUCUCCUCUUCACAGAUCUCUUCUUCAGAAAAUCCGCAACAGUGCCAAAUUAUCCCGAUCAAAGAGGAAUUCCAAGCGUGAGGAAGAGAAAAACGAACACAAUAUGUCACUGAGCCGGAAAAAGUACAGAGAGGAAAUCAAACAACAGAAUGGUAAUGUCCAUCUGACUCGCUACAAUAAACUACCAAUGGAAGAAAUUACCAGCAAACUCACUGUCGACAAAAAAGAGGAGGUCAAACUGAACAACGAUCCUCAGUCCAAUGUCAAGGUCAGCCAGAUGGCAGAGAUUUUGGUGUCAAAGUUCAAGCAAGGUUUGGAGCCACCAGUCAAACAAAGAAUAAAAACGACAGGCGUACUGCUAGCAGCCCAGCCUGAGAGCGAGUUUUGUUACUUCUGUAAAAAACGUGUGUACAUCAUGGAGAGGAUGUGUGCUGAGAGUGUCUUCUUCCACCGCGGCUGUCUCAAGUGUGACUUCUGCGAGUGUGGGCUGAGGGUCAACAACUAUGCCUGUGAGAGAGUUCCCGGGGGUGAAGUGAAAUUCUACUGUUUUCGCCAUUCUAAGCCUGAGAUGAGAUUGGGGCGUGCCAAAAGAAAGCGAGAGUAUGAGGAAGACCCACCCAAAGAGUCCAUACCAAAGAUUGUGGAGGAUGGUGAUAAAACAUCUGGGAAGGAAACGUCGUCCGACUCCCCUAAAAAGAUACCAGUUGCUAAGAAGGGAAAGAGAGAUGCUAAGACCCCUCUAACGCCUCCUUUGGCCCCCAAUGCUGAAUACGUCAAAGCCAAAAAGACUCCAGAGAGAAUCGAGUUUGAGAACAGUAUCGACGGACUUCCUGAGGAAUCGGAGGAGGAACUGACGGAACACAAUCUACGGGCGUCCCUGUCACGUGACGCCAUGCUGGAGGAAAUGUACGAGGAGGACCUCUCGGACUCGGACCUCGAUGACUUGGAACUCGCGGCCAUUCUCCAGGCGUGGUCUAGUGAUGACGACGAGAUUCAGGAGGCGGUGGAAUCCACGUAUGGACAUAACGUCAAUAAGGACCUCACCCUGGAGGAAGCUCUCGCUGUCGUGGAAACGCUCAAACGAAAGUCGUAUGAGAGUCUGAUUGAUGCUGUGAAACAAGAGGGCGGUGAGGAAUCCGAGGAUGAUACAGACACUGAGUAUGAGGCAUCAGAAGCUGACUCUGAAGUGGAGGAAAUGGAAUACGAAGACUCCUCCCCCGACAAACCAACAAAAGACUUUGUCACGGAGGAGAGCCUGGUGCAGACCAGCAGUCCACAGAGGAAAGCCCGAGCCAAUUUCUUCACAUCGCCCCCGGAACCGGUGCGACUCGACCCGUGGAAAAUGUUUGAGAAAACACCAGAGAGGGAGAUUAAGAAGAAAACCCAGAAGGAGGUAGUCGUGAAUGGGGAGGAAGAUGAGGAGGAAUUGUUGGUCAGGGAGGAGGAAGAUGAGGAGGAAUUGUUGGAGGCCGGUGGGGAGGAAUUGGUGCUAAACAAAGAAGAGGAUGUAGAAGAAGAAUUAGAAGGUGAUGAAAGAGGGGAGGAAGUUGAGGAUGAUGAUGAGAUUGAAGAUUCUGAGGAAGAAGGAGAGGAGGAAGAAGAUGAUGACAAAACGGCGAUGAGUCGUCAGAUGCAGAUGAUUCUGGAGGACAUUGACCAGAAAUCCUCUGUCAGUGACUCGGCCGAUGUUCUGAGGUCAUCGGUCAGCGAUACUGGAGAGGCAAGGUCUGUAAUCAGUGAUGCUGACCAGUCAGCUGAUGAGGAGGAUGUGUUCACUGGGGAGGAUACCCAACGAGCCGUACUACAGAGUGUCAAGAACGUGUCCUCGUCAAAUUCCAACUCCAGCCAGUCCACUAGAGAGGCUGUGCUUAACAGUGUGCGGAACAUGCAGGACUCGGACCAGAAUGAAGACAAGGAUUUUCUGAAUGUCGAUGAUCGAUUCAUCACGAAGGGAAGAGGUAGUGCUAAAAAGAAAAGAUGUGUUCAGCAUCGAAAUUCGUUUGGAUCAGAUUCCAGUUUCACGAUAUCCACACCCAGUGAUUCGUUGUGUUCAUCGAUUAGUUCGCUGGCAGCGGACAUUGAGAUGGCAGAGAAUGAUGUUGAAUCUCCCGACAAAGACAUGAUCAGGGACUACUGCCUGACUCUUAGUCAUGCGCUCGGUGAAAGUUUUGAUGACGAUGACGAAAAGCUCGAUGAUAUUCCUCAGAGUUAUGAGGAUACUCCCCGAACAAUUGGACGAGAGGAGGUCAGUCCGCGUGAAAAUCUGGAUGACACGCUGAUCGACGAAGAAGCAGACCUGCAUUCAAACGGCAGAAAGAGCAGUGUGUAUGGAACUCCCAAUGCCAGUGUGGCAGACGAACGAUACUUCUCAAUCAGUGAUCAUGAAUCCAGUCACACUUCUAACAUAACAAGUGCAAUAUCUAGUGCUGGAGUGAGUGGUACCUCCAGUGGUGACGCGAGGACUAGUAGUACGGACUACCAAGUGUCCAGCGCGUCCACACCGUCUUCCACAUCAGACAAUCAGGAACUUACGGAUAAAAAUAGUAAUGUAGUGACCGCUGAACCCGGGGCUGCAAAACUGAACAGUGACGGCACUCCUUGGAGGGCCCUGCCUCCCCUCCCAAUACUGGCCAGCACCUCAAACUUUGAAAAGAGUUGUAGUGAUAAAUCAAAAAUUAUGAAGAAAGAGAAAUCCAUGGACAAAAUAGAAGGGAACAGAAAGCUUCCCGACAUCUCAAACUUAAAGAGCAAUGUGACUCAGCGGGAGUUUCAGAGUAAUGUGACUCAGCGAGAGUUUCAGAGCAAUUUUAUGAGGCAGCAUCUGGGGUCUCCUCGGUCAGAGGGUGUCUCAGCAGAAAAGUCCUGUAGUAAUGAUUCAGGUAGAAAGACCAAGAUCUCUGUGGACCACGCCAAGCUGAAGUCCAUGAGUAGUCUAGAGGAUAGUUCUAGUCAGGGAGAGGAGAAAUCCAAGAAAAAGAUCGCAGUGGACGUAAAGCUACGGGAACACAUCAAGACGGAGCCUGUGGUCUCUAAACCCGGAGUGAUAGGCAAAGGCAGCCAUAUUGACGACAUCCCAUUUGUAGAUGACAGCGAUGAGGAGGUUGUGCAAGAGAAAUUUUUUACUCCAGCCACCAGUAAAAAGAAGGAACCAGUCAGAGAGGAGGGUGCUGGGAAGGGAGUAAAAAAGAGGCUGCUUCCUCUGCCCCCACGGGACAUACCCGGUGUUAACCACACAGAAAUGGGAUACACGAGGGAGAAGGCGAGACAGAGGGCUAGGAUGAAGAGUGAUGAAGAACUGGGGAUUAAGAGUGUCGAGUACACACCCAAAGUCAGGGGACUGCUAAAACGCAGCACAUCCAAUACACCGAGCACCAGUGAUUUCGUCUCAGACAGCGAUGAUCCAUCUAAGGUGUUACACUCCACACCAGUGGAGAAAGCAGAGGCACCGAAACCUGACUUCAAGUCCAGUGGGAAAACAAAGAAGAGCAAGAAGAAGAGCAUGGACUUAGAUCUGACUCUGUCGGAGAAAUCGGACGGGGACACCAGUAAGGAAAAAGUCAAGAAGAAAAAAUCCUUACUACAGAUUCUGAAGCCUGGGAAAGACAAGUCUCCUAAAGAACUGAAAGACAGGCGAUCAUCAUCUAACGACACCCUGGAUGAAAAAUCUCCAAAGAAAAAGACCAAGACUCCCAAGUCUGACAAGAAGAAGAAAAAGAAGAUGAAGUCAGCGUCUGCUCUAGAAGACCUGGACAAGGACCUGAGUGAGCUGAACUUACAAGGGGUGAAGGAAAGGUUUACCAGUGAGAAGAGGCCGGGGCCCUCCAGACGAUACGCUGUACGCAAGCCCAUGCCACCCAAAGCUGAGUUGGAGGAGUUUUCAGACUCAGACGACAGCAGAAUGGACACAUUAAAGAGAGCAAGGGAUCGUCGAACAAUGUCUGAGGAUGAGCUGAAUUACCGCAUCGCUCGACGUGUUCAGUCCGCAGCCAGAAAACACAUGAAGCAGCAGGAACAGAAACGACUGCGAAUGGCACAGGAAAUUCAGCGACAACUGGAAGAAGUAGAUGUCAAACAGAAAGAGCUGGAGGAGAGGGGUGUGAUUGUGGAGCGGGCACUCCGAGGGGAGGGGCCAGAUGCGGGUCGUGUGGAGGCUGAGUUGAUGCAGGAGUGGUUUACUUUGGUGUAUGAGAAGAACGCUCUCGUCCGUUACGAAUCUGAACUCAUGGUGAAUGCCCAGUACAUGGAACUGGAGGACAGACACGGUCGUCUUGAGCAGGAGCUGAGAGAGAAGAUGUCCAUAGAAAUAAUAGAUUUUGAUUACGAUUCUGAGAAAACUCCGGAACAAGCGGGAGAAGAGAAGAGAAUUCUCGACGAGCUCCUAGAGGUAGUCGAGGAAAGAGACAAGCUUGUUGCUAUGUUAGAGGAAGAAAGAGUCAGAGAGCGAGAAGAAGACCGAGACUUAGAGGCCAUCAUGAAUGCCAAAGGAUACAGCUUGGUUCCCACAGACUACGCCCAGAAAAUUAAAUACUCUUCCCGACUUUUCCCCCUAUCGUGCUAGUCACCCAUCACGUGUGGAAAUGGAUGAUCAUGUGUGGAUCUGUUAUAUCACGUUUCUUGUCCUCAAUGUCGCUUUAUAAUUCCCCGUUCAUAUCAAAUUCUUAUGACAAGGUCACGUGAUAUGCAUGCCCAUACAUUGUACUUGAUUUUCUUUAUUCUGUAAAAACGUUUGGAUCCAAAAGUCCUGCAUGUCUAAAAUGGCAUCGUCUACAGCAAUUGCAUGAUACUGAAUUUUCUCAGUUGAAGUGAUGUGUCAAAACAAAUUUUUAAUGAUAGUUGUUGCAAGUUUGUUUGUGUGUUAAUUUCCAUGAACAGACGGGUUUUUAUUUUGUAUCAGGUUUAUCGGUGCAUGACUGUCCGAAAAGAGGACUAAAAACCAGGAAAGACCACAAAAUGAUGGUCUCACUUUUGAGUGAAUUUUUCUGUGAUCUACAGAUUUUAUCUUUGUAUGUUGAAUCCAGUACAAAAGUGGAUUUAAAAUUGUGAACCAAGUCAGCAUAUCCUCUUGUGUUUUUUUCCCCCUGGCAUGUUUGUAGGUGUUUUGUUAUCAGCAUUGUAGUGUAUUUAUCCACAUAUGUAAGGUUUUACAUAACUACGUGAAUCACAUGAACGUUUUACAUAACUACGUGAUUCACAGGAAUGGCAAAAGCGUUGCUGUCACUGACCAGGAACUAUAUAAUUCCUUUGUUCUUGCAUGUAAUGAGUAUUUCUUUGACAUUUGUAAACUUGUGAUUUGUAAAAAUUGUUUUUAAAGUUUUAUUUAUUUCCUAAAUUAUUGUUGAUCUAUUUAUAAAUAUUUCAUAGUAUUUGUGAGCAACUAAGAAUGCAUAUUUUUUACAUUUCAGUUUUGAAAGUUUGUGUAAAUAGCUGGUUUGAAAAUUAAGUAUGUUUGUUGAACAAUCAAAUAUUUUUUUUACUGUCUCACAUAGUUUGUUACUAUGGUGAUGGAGUAGAACAGCUUUAGAAGAUUUAGACAACGGAACGCGAAUCUCUUAUUGUCUAGUCAGAGAUUCUGAAGAUAAAGUCAGCUUUAUGUUUGUUCAGUUUUAUUGUAGUUAAAAACACACGUUCAUUGAAAAGUUCGAAACAGGAAGUUGGACAGUCAUGUUAUUAGUGUGUGGAAGGGAUUCAAUGAUGAUCUGUUUUUCUUUUUACGUUUCUCUCAAACAUAUAUAUAAUCCAAUCUUUCUGUAGAAAGCAUUACGAUCAAAUCACAUGCAAGAUGUUUACCACAAAAUGGCAUGCUUGGGAUGUUGCUUCAUUCGGAUAGAUUUCCAAUAACAUUGAAAUUUUACUCAAAUCAAGUUGAUCAUGCUUCAGUUCAAGUCAUCUACGCGUAUUAUAAUUAUAUCUACACAUCUUAUGAUUACACCUACACAUCUUAUGAUUACAACUACACAUCUUAUGAUUACAUCUACACAUAUUAUGAUUACACCUAUACAUCUUAUGAUUACAUCUACACAUCUUAUGAUUACAUCUACACAUCUUAUGAUUACAUCUGCACAUAUUAUGAUACACCUAUACAUCUUAUGAUUACAUUUACACAUCUAAUGAUUACAUCUACACAUAUUAUGAUACACCUAUACAUCUUAUGAUUACAUCUACACAUCUAAUGAUUACAUCUACACAUAUUAUGAUUACAUCUACACAUCUAAUGAUUACAUCUACACAUAUUAUGAUUACACCUAUACAUCUUAUGAUUACAUCUACACAUCUAAUGAUUACAUCUACACAUCUUAUGAUACACCUAUACAUCUUAUGAUUACAUCUACACAUCUAAUGAUUACAUCUACACAUAUUAUGAUUACAUCUACACAUCUAAUGAUUACAUCUACACAUAUUAUGAUUACACCUAUACAUCUUAUGAUUACAUCUACACAUCUAAUGAUUACAUCUACACAUCUUAUGAUUACACCUACACAUCUUAUGAUUACCCAUGUUUAUAAUUACCCACACAUCUUAUGAUUACAUGUACCUGGUACACAUGGUUACUACACGUUUUUAUGUAGUUGUUAUUUAGUGUUGUGGAUUAUAAAAGUGAAUACAUCACUUCACACUUCACACUUUUAUAAUUUUCAUUGCAUAAACCCACCUACACUGUAGUACAUUUAAUUGAUAAGUUACAACACUUGUUUAUAUCACAGCAAAGUCCACAGAGAAUGCCAUUCUUAUCGUCAAGUCUAUGUUGUAUUUUAGGUGCUAUAAAACUAACAUAUAUUUUAAUCACGCAUAAAAAAUAAUAGACGGUGUAUGUGAUGGUAUUGAAGCAUGAAUUGAAUUUUCCCCACUAUUUUCAAAUUAAGAAUCAUUUCAUUUAAACUUUUCAGAGUAAAAGCACAAAAAAUGACAUUGAUUGUUGGCAUGUCUUGUGCGUGUCCAUUUUGUUAACUUUAUAUUCAGUCAUGGAUCAGAAUUAAUAGAUACAUGAUAUUACUCUGUUCGAUUGUUCUUGGGCUUAUCAGCGAUGAUAUUAUGCAUGUAUUGUGUGAGCAUGUGUGUUAACGUAUUAAAGGGUAUCGCUUACAAAAAAAUUGCAAUAGACUUUUUACCAUGGUAAAAGUCAAAGUAAAUUCAGAACAAUCUGUGCUUACAUAUGUGUGAUAUGUUUAUUCAAAAAAUUAAUUUUUAAAGAACUACAUUAUAACUAUGUUUGAUAUAUCAUGUAUAUCAGUGCCUGAUUUUAACAAUUUUUUUUUUUAAAUUUCAAAUUAGGAAGUGCAGAUACUAUUUGUUAGGUCUUUGUGUCGUACAGGUAGAGGGUUACCUAUUGUUCGCUCCUGUAGAUUCUGGCUUUGUAGUUUGUAAUAAUUUUGUACUGGAAUUAAUACCUUUAGCAACAAAUCAUCAAAAUGAACAAAAUAGUGGUCGACUUUUUAUCAAAAUAUAAAACGAUAUUAUAGCAUUGUUUAUUUACAGUUUAAGUACAGUAUUACAUUCAUUUCAUAUUUUGUAGAGGUUAAGGUGAGGUUGUGAUUUUUUUGUUUAAUCUGUAUAAAUUUAUUUUUAGUUUACUUCCUCAGAUGAGAGAAUGAAUUCAAUUAAUAUUUUGAAAUCCGGAACUGGACAGUAUAACAUUGUUUCAUUUUUGUUUUUUGUCAUUUUCCCCUUCUGUGCUGAAGUUUAUUUCUACACAAUAAGCAGUGAAAUUUUGUUGAAAUGAGGGAUUUGGUUAGUGAACAUGUGUAUGCAGUUUACGUAAACAGACUGAAUAAAUGCCGAGUGCUAUAUCAAUAAUA